AUGAGUUUAGUAAUUUGCAGCCGUAUUCUGCAUCGGUGCACCCGUACUAUGAUUCAUUUUGCGAAAUUUUCAGAUUUGACAAUCAUGUUUGCUGAUUCAAGUGGAGACGAUUUAGGCUACAAUGGAUUCCCCGUAUCUCUAAACUACUUUUCUGGGCUUCCGGAUGUUAGUAGUCUUGAAAACUCGAACUUGGUGGUCAUAUUCAAGUCGCUCAUGAAAAAAGACUCGAUUACAAAGGAAAAGUCACUCAAUGAUUUUUCAAAUAUCAUCGAUGAAGAGUUGGUCAAGGAUGAAAAUUUAAUAGUAUCUUGGCUCCAAAUGUAUCCAAAGUUGGCCAUAGAUAACUCUCGCAACGUUAGGAUGUUGGCUCACUCAAUUCAAGCUAGUAUACUCAAGAACAUCGGAGGCAAGUCGUUUGCCAAAUACUUGAAAACAUGUCUUCCAGUAUGGCUCUUGGGAAUAUAUGAUCCCGAUAAAGGUGUCGCCAAUGCAGUUUACAAGGGGCUUUUGGAAAGCUUUCAAAAUGACAGUGACAGGGUCAAUGUCAAAAUAUGGGGUAUCUUCAAAGACUCUAUUCUCAAAUUCAUCCACACUGUUAUAUGCCAGGAGCUACCAGAGAGCCUUUCGGACUCAAGGUACACAAAGGAAGAGGACUCGCAAGCCAAAUAUGAACGAGUGCUUGGCGCUGCAGUUUCAAUGUUGAUAAAGAUCAUCUCUCUCAUUGAAAAGUCAGAAGUAGCAGUCGAACUUGGAGACACCAGUUCGGAAGCAGUGGCUAAGCUGUUGAAUCUGGAAAGACUUUGGGACUACCUCGGCUCCUCUUUGGAUAAGAAAACAAUGAACCUACAGUUGUUCAAGUCGUUGCUUUCAUUAUUGAAGGUUACAUUUUCUGCAUCCAGCACAUUCAUGACUGUUAUACCAGAUAUUAAAUCCCUUUACAAGCUAACCAGCAAAAAGUUCAUCAAGCAUAUCAAACUUUCUCCCAAAUCGUCUAUCAUGUAUUCAUCGUUCAUUCUACAAUUUUGGGAUACUAUUGUAACAUUAACAAGAUUUCCUUCGAAUUCCUCAUUGAAAAUUAAGAAAAAUUUCUGGGAACUUGGAGGCAGCAAGUCAAUGUCGAGACUCACCGACUACUUGCGAGUGGGAAGUUGUAGGCUGGAUCCUAUCUACUACACAGUUUUGUCUCAUUUUUUUGAAGCAUAUACCAAAGUGGAAUUAUCAAAAGACAGCGACGUGAGAUUGCUUGAUCUUGAAAGUAUUAAAGACGCAAAGUUAGUGUUACUCCAGAUAUUACUUCCACAAUUGCAGUCCAUUCCGGAGAGCUACAAGCGCAGCUGUGUUGAUUGCAUUUGGAAAGUUUUGGGGUUGUGCUCUUCUGAGGUUCAAGACAAUUUAGCAGAAUCCACUCUCAUUUCAUUUGCUGUUUUAUUGCGUCAAGCCAGUCUUGAGGGUAUCUUCUCAAAAGUCCCUACUAGCAUCAGGGAGACUUUAAGCAAAGAAUUGGUCAAUGUCGGGUCAAAUACAUUGAAAGCGAUCACUUCAGGAAGUACCGACGGAAAACUCGAUUUUAUUGACCAAAAGUACAAAUUAAAAGAUUUCGUGCCCUCCUAUACAACUUUGCUCUCCAAUGCUGUGAAAGCUGAUAUCAUAGGUGAAGAUAGCUUGGCAUCGUUCUUGCAAGACCUUAUGAAUGCGAUUGACAAUGACGGCUGCGACGAUCGAUAUGCAUUUGAAACUUUUGUUUCUGCUGUGAAAGAAGCACUGCUUGUUGCGAAUGGAGCUUUGAAAGAUAAACUUACUGAUUUUGUUCAGACCAUUCCGUCAUUUGUGGAGCCUGAUUUUUUGGAUGUGCCGCUUGAUCUCCUUCUCUACAUUUCCUCUUCGAAUGCCCCAUUAUUCAAAGGUUUGAAGACUUUCGAGGCUAUCAACGAUUGUUUCGUGAAAAUCUCCAUGGUAGAUGAGUCCAAGUCCACCGCUGUCUUAUCAAAGGUUCAAAAACUGUCGAUCGAUCUCUCCAACUUCCCCGAUAUCUACCAAUAUGUGGUGGAACUCACGAAACGAAACGACCUAUCGCAUGAGGAACGGUCUGCUGUGCAUGGAACCAUGAACGACAAGAGCAUCUUGGAAUCUCUGUUGAAGAAUGCUGACUUCAACGACGAAACUUCACUGGCUUUUAUCAAACAAAGUACGCAAAAUGGUCAUAUCGAGACAACGAUCAAGUCUAUCAAAGUCGAUGAAACCAACACGAAGAACUUGACUCGUGUGCUACUGUAUGCAUGGAGAACUGCCAGUGAAGUUGACUCCAGUACAUUUUUGAAAGUUGCAAUUGCUUCAGAAUUGAAUGGUCUUUGUCAAACGACUUUGCACUCGGUAAUAUGCGAUGAGACCCAGAAUUCCAACUACGAAGUUCUCGCUGGUAUAAUAACGAACUAUGGCUCCGGUACCUUUCUUGACUCGGUGAUCAGCACAAUCGAGUCCAGAUUCAAAAAAGCAGCGAAAAACAUCAGCAUCGCCAACUUGUCUAUGGGAAACCAAUUGCAACACAAUGCUCUUCUUUUCCUUGGCGCUGACACUAAAAACAACGUUUUUGAGCUUGACUCUGCUUUACUAUUGUACUCAAAAUUUGUAUCUGUACUCAUCAGAAACAAGAAGACUUCUGUCUUGAAAAUUGGCUUGUUUCUCGCAGAGUAUGUCCAUGACUACUUCUUUCUUGUUAGCAAUGGUGGACCGUACUCAUCAAGAUCAGAGGAGUACGUCGAUGUGAGGGAAUCGCUAAUAAGCGCAGUAUUGGCUAUCUGCAAUUUCACCUAUGACUCGCUUUUAGAGUACUUUAAUACCGGUGACUCGAAAGAAGAAGUCUUGUGCCAGCUAGGAACGAUAUUGGAUGACGAUCAGCAAGAUUUAACCUUCAAGUUCUAUGCUGCCAGAUCACUCGGCAUCAUUCUUCAGAAUAUUAUUAACGCACAACCGCUUUCGGUGGUUGAUUCUGCCGCUGACAUCAAGUUUAAUCAGGUCCUCAAGAAUCCUUAUAAAUCGGCAGUUGUACUCUCGAGCUUUAAAAGGUUUGUUCACCAGUCAAAGAAAUUUGAUAGGGUGAAAAAUAUCGUCAUGUCAGAAAUAUUGGGAGUCAAGGACCCUAGCAAGGCUGUUAGUAGUGGCCUUGUGUGGCUAUCUCUUUCCAACAAUUUCCUCGAGGCUGAUGGUGACGAGGUUGGCAAUGUGGUACCGCUUCACAGACUCAACAUGAUUCUUGGUCAAAUCUCAAACUGGCUAGAGUCUGAAAAUGCUUAUGAUGAUUCCUUCAUUCCACUUCGCUGUCAAAUUGCAAGGUUCUUCACUGGCUUAAUUACCAUUGAACCGUCAGUGCCUGAUAAGUUGUAUGAAUUGUCUUGCAGUUUGAUUUCUGAUAAUAUGGCUUCAGCAUCCUUAGAGCCUCUGGCUUUACACUUGAGAUACUUUACCUUGAAAUUGGUCAAGGCGAUGUUGAAUGUUCCUACUUCUGAGAUACAUUUUGACAUAUCAUCUCUUACACAAGACGUCUUGGAUUUGUUCUUAAGUCAAGAAGUGCAGCAGUAUGACGAUGUCGUGUCCAAUGUCCCAACUACCUUGUGUCAUGAACAAUGCUUCCAAUUGCUUAGUCGUUCAAAAAUUACGCCUGCGACAAUUGGCGAUAGAGUUGAUCAAAUUGAGCAGGUUUUUACCAAAUCAUCUUCUCUCAUGUUCCAGAGAUUGGCUGCACGGAUGCUUCUGGACUAUAUCAUAAAGUCCCAGUCUGACUUCGUUGUUGAAUACCAAUUGCUGAGAUCUAAAAUUGGAACCGAAACCGAUGAAAAUUCGAAAGCGAAGCUCCCAGACUACUUGAUUAAUGCAGUGACUAUUAGUGAACCGAUUUCACUUCUUGACGAUGCCGAGCCUUCGGAUGCCUUCAGAUACUUAUGGAGCUGGCUUUUGAUUUUCGAUCACUUUAGGGAUAUCACCUACUCCAUCAGAAAUGACUAUGUCUCUCAAUUGCGUGAAACAAACCUCGUAGAGAAGCUUUUGGAUUCCAUAUUUUUGACAGUUGACGUAUCGAGUUCAAAGAUUUCUCGAAUUCUAGUGACAGAGGGAGAUACUAAGAAGCAAAAAAUAGACUCCAGCAAAAACUUGCUCCCCAAAUAUGAAGUGGCUGUCGGGCAUGGAGAUUCAGCUCGCGAAGAAAUCGAGUUUCUUGCACUUCACCUAUACUACUUAUGUUUCACUUUUAUCGGGUCUUAUAUUCAAAAUUGGUAUAAUGGAAUUCGAGACAGACUGCUUAAGCAGAGUGUGGAGCGGUUUUCAGUUAAAUUUGUUUCUCCACUCGUCAUAGAGAGAAUCCUCCAACUGGUUAUCAACUCGAAAGACUCAUUAUCGAAAGAUGAGAAUACCACUGUUAAAGUCAAUGCAGUUUCCAACGAGAUCAAAACUGUAUUCAACAUUGAUGAGCAAACAAUGGAGAUGGUCAUCAAAGUUCCUGAGUCGUAUCCUUUGUCUCUGGUUCAAGUCAAUGGCCCCAUGCGUUUAGGAGUAAAAGAAAAUCAGUGGAAAGCAUGGCUCUUAGCUUCUCAACGAAUUAUAAGUCUUGUGAACGGCUCGAUCACCGAGGCUAUUGAACUAUUUAUCAAGAAUGUGGAUCUUCAUUUCUCAGGAUUUGAAGAAUGUGCCAUUUGCUACUCCAUUCUCCAUCAGGACCAUUCGCUUCCCUCAAAGGUGUGCACCACAUGUCUGAACAAAUUCCAUUCAGCUUGUCUCUACAAGUGGUUCAAGAGUUCUGGUGCCAGUACGUGUCCAUUGUGUCGGUCUGCAUUCAACUUUCGUAGACAAGUGGCCACAUGA